GAGAGAGAGAGAGAGCAACGGGACGACAGGGAAAAAGCGAGCGAGCGAGCAAACAAAAGCGACCAGCUAGCUCCGGCAGCACCCCCACUACGCCCCCUCUGGCCAAUCUACUCCACUUCACUCCACUCCACUCCACUGUAAAUCUAUCUGUGUGAGGGAAGCAAGGAAUUUGAAGUCGACAUGAGGAGCUAGGGUGAGAAGCGAAGCAAGCAGGCGACGCAAGAUCGACAGCCCUCACCACUCUCACGGUGCUAGGAGGGACGAUGCCGCUCCACCUGCUGCUCCUCCUCCUGCUCCUGCCGUCCGCCGCCGUGGCCGGCAAGGCCCGUCAGUCCUCCUCCUUCGCCCUCGAUUUCUUCCCUGGCGACGGCGCCAUCGCGCAGCUCGCUCUCACCGGCGCCAAUGCCACCUCCGCCGGCGACAUCUCCAUGCGCUCCCCGCGCGCCCGGGUACAGUACCACAAACCCAUUCACUUCGCCCCCGCCGCCGCCGGCUUCUCCACCUACUUCUCCUUCUCUCUCCACCCUAUCCCCAAAUCUCACGCCGCCUCCAUCGCCUUCUUCCUAACGCCCGCCGCGCCCGCGCCCUCGCCCUCACCCGCCGUUAACGCCCUCGCCCUCGCCAUCGUCUUCGCCGCCGCGGACUCCAGCCACAUCCGAGUCCAAAUCGACCUCGCCGGUGAAACGGCCGCCCAGACCGCCCCCCGCGGCAUCCCCAAAAAGCUGCAUUCAUGGAUAGACUACAACGCCACAUCCGCCACGCUUCAGGUCCGUCUCUCUGCCUCGCGCCUCCCCAAGCCGCCGCACGCGCUGCUCUCCCACCCGCUCCAUCUCCACUCCGCCCUCCUCCUCCAUCUCCUCCGCAGCAAGCCCAUGCUCGCCGGAUUCGCUUCCUCCCACGCCAACUGCAGCCUCUUCAGCUGGGCCUUCAGGGCCAACCACGGGCCUCCCUACCUCAUGCACUCCCAGCCACUCAAUCCCACCGGCUUAUCGCUCACCACGCCGCCGCCAGACCGCCUCCUCCGCGCUCCCCCGGGCAACCGCUACCCCUGGGCUUCGCUGCUGUUGGCGGCAGCGUGCGGCGCCGUCUUCACAUUCGUCGUGCUCUUCGUCUGGUACUCCAUGGGGAAGCGCCGGCCGGUCGCGCCGGUGGAGUACCCCAUGCACCCGUCCUCCUCCGACAUCGUCUACGAGAAGAUUGUGCUGGUCGGAGUCAAGGACCUCCCUGCCGAUGUCACCGCAGCUGCUCACAAGUAGCCGCUGUCCUCUAGAUUCUACUGCAAGUGUGCUCCUGUAACUGUAAGUAGGAAAUUGUUGCUAGUAAGUGCGGUGGAAAAUGCAGAUUUUGCGGGCAAAGCGAACAACGCAAAUUCUGCACUUCCCACCGGGAUUAGGAUUCGAUUGCUCUUUCUAAAUUGUAACUUGUCAGUUGUCAUGCCAUCCACCACUGCUACCACUUCUUCUUUGUAUGCUUAUUAGUCAUGCGUGCCCUAGUACUAUUCAAGAGCCCAUCCUAUCAUCUCUAAUGGACAGAGUAACAUGGUGUUUGUUUU